AUGCUGCCGAUCUUGAACCUCGCGCAGACUGGCUCGCUGCUCGCCGCGUCCUCAGACGGUGGGAGCAGGCAGUGCAGCGCCAGUGGCGAUGUCGGCACGCAGCUCGACUCCAGCUCUGCAGUGGACCUCGAGCUGCACCACCACUUUCUUCAGCCGCAAGAGCUCCUCGAUCUUCAACAGCGCGCUUCUGCCGUGCCAGAGGCUGACUGGCUCCCGUGCUCUUGCAGGGCAGAGGCAGCCACAGCUGUACUGGCCAAGGAGUGCGCCCACGUCGACGUCGGCCAAGACCCGGUGGCGGCAGGAGUGCUCGGGCGGCUCGCAAUGCUCACCGGGUCUUCCACCAGCCUCGAGACUCUACCUCUGGUCCGCUAUCGCCCAGGCGCCACGGCGACGCCGUUGCACGUCGACCACCUUCCCGACGGCGCAAGGGUAGAUGAGUAG